AUGUUGCGGGCAGUGUACUCGGCAAAGUCUUUCACAACCGUCAUCUUCUUCACAGUAAGCAAGAGCUUUUCGGCAGCUACUUAUGGCAGAAAUAACCGCGCCGACGAGCCGCCAGAUCAGGCGCAGAGCCAAUCUGGUGUGUAUACGAUGCCACCAGAAGAAGGUACCCCUUUAGAUCGAGCCAGCUAUACCCCGACCGAUCUGCCCGAGAAUGUGUUCAAAGAUGGUCAAGCGGGAGAUAUCAGAGCGGGCCAGUCCUCCGUGAGGAAGGCGGAUGAUGGUGUUAGCGAGCGAUACGGCGCAGAAUCCCUUGGCUCUAGGCCAGCUGCAGUGCCUGAAGUUCAUCAAGGUCAUCGCGAGCGAAGCUAUUUGGGACAGUCAGGGUUCAUGUCCAUGUUCGACCAUCCAUCUCGGGAUGACUCUGAUCAGAGUAUCAGCCCGUUAAUAACACCGCGUCAUCCCAUCCCUGAGCUGUCUCUCGUUCUGCGACAGAGUUACGCCGAGACGUUUGUGGAGUAUUGCUACCCCUGGUGUCCGGUCCUACACCGUGCAGACCUUCUUGACGAUCGAUCCCCUUUUGCACGAUCCCUACUUCUGCAACAAGCCCUAGGGCUCUUAGGGACCACAAUCAAUCCCCCGAGACUUUCACAUCAAGCUCGCCGCGUACACUAUGAGAGAUUCAAGGUACUGUUCCAUGGCAACACGGAACGCAAUCCGUUGGUGAGGAUCGUCGCCAUCAUCCUAACGUACUGGUGGAGCGCUGGCCCGCCCAGUGUUGUCAGUAUGGAUAGUCAAUACUGGUGGACAUCCAUAGCAAUCCGACUGGCUCAGGAAAUUGGCCUCCAUCGUGAGGCAACCCCGGGACAAUCGAUGCGACUGGGUGAAACAAUAACCCUGAGACGUUGUAUCUGGUGGACACUAUUUUCAAGAGAACGCUUGACGUCGGUGUGUCAAGGACGUCCGUGCAUCAUCCACUCCGAGGAUACCAAUGUCAAACUCCCCAGUCUGGACGAGUUUCCAAGCGAUCGGCGAGAUCAGGCCGAAAUCUUUAUAUCCUGGGUUCAGGUCUGCGAGAUCAUCGGUGACCUGUCCAAGCACUUGCGCAACCGCAGCGACGCAAAUGCAUCUACCUUUGAGCUUGCCCAGAGGCUUAUCAAAUGGGUGAAUGCAUUACCGCCACGCUUGAGGCUGCCAUUCAGCACCGCGACGACCUCCCAUUUCGACCGCAAUGUCCACCAGCUCCAUCUGCCUUAUCUAUCGGCCAUCACUCUCCUCUACAUGAGUGCUUCAACGCAACCACUCCCCAAAGCAUAUGGUGCGGCCGUCCUCUCAGCUUCCUGCGUUGCGCGUAUCUUCGAAGACCUCUUGGCUCGGGGCUCGAUUGCAUUCCUCCCAGGCGUAGCGGGCUGGUACAUCAGUAUCGCCAUCCUAGCCCUCCUACAUGCACGUCGCAUCGAGCCUCUCAAAGCAGCCGCGAACGCACAAAUCGACAUUCUAUUCCUUGCUCUAAGGGAGAUGUCUCAAUUGUGGCACUCCUCAAGGAUGUUUUUGUUGGGGUUCGAGAAGCUAUUGACCGGCCUCAACCCGGACACAACGACAGCUUCGUCGUCCCAGAUAUUAGGCAGCCAGCCGGCUCAGGCGCUGGAAUUAAACGAGUUGAACAUUGCGGAUGGCAUCGACUAUCACGAUUUCUUCCCUGGCGCCACACCCGAGACGACGCAGCUCUUCUCCGUUCUCUUUAACCAUCACCCGCCUUCCAUCUUUGUGGAGGCAGAAUGGACCAACGACCUCAGCUUGCAACUCCAAACCAUGUUCGGUCAUCCGUACGACGAGCUGGAUUUCGGACUUGCUGUGAAUGACAUUUGA